AUGGAACCGGGUAAGUCGGGUAAAGGAUCAAGUGAAUCAAGUUCAGGAGAAACUUCACCAUCGACAAGUAGAAGGGAUCAACCUUCGACCGGAGCCAUACCGAAGGAGCGGAAUCCUUCGGGCGUCAGGACUGAUCCGGAGAACACAAAGCCUGAGAAAUCAGGCGUCCAAGAGUCUAUAAGCGAGAGAGUGAAAUUGAGACGACAAGGGAUUUUAGGAGACGAAGAGGAUCAAGAACUUCCCUGGUCAUCUCGAGUAAGAGUCCGAAGAACGUCUUUACCCUCCCGACUACCUCCACCUGCACCUGCACGACCACGAACACCUGGAAGACGAGUUGCUGCCAAAUUCAAAAUGGCAACUGGUAACCAGGAUGAUCUGAAAAAACAUGAUGACAAUGAGGAGGAGUCAAGGGAUCCUGAAGAAAUGAAUCCUACACUCAAAGCAAUCACUGAACGCAUUCGGAAAACAAACAAAAUCAACAUGACCAUGGGGAAAUGUUGGGCGAGUGCAAUUCACGACAGGAUGGAGGAGGGUGAAACAGAAGAGGUAGAAAGGCUGAAUGAAAAACUGAUUGGCCUCAUUAAGACCAUGGAACGCCUGGAUGAUGAAAGGCGUAAGGUUCUUGAUGAGGAUGAAUGGAUUGCCGAUUGGAAUCGGUGUGAAAAAUUGAGAAAGCCUUUCUAUGAUGCGAUCAAUGUGGCUCGUCGCUUUCUCGCUAAGACGAAACAUGGGGUCAGCUCUGCUGAACCUGUGGUGCGGACAGGAGCUUACACCAAGCUCCAAGGGCUGGAAGUGCCUGUGUUCUCAGGUGACGUCACAGAGUACAGGGAGUACAGGAGGAUCUUCGACUCUCUCAUCCAUGAGAGAAGGGACCUCUCCACCGUGAUCAAGAUGGCCUACCUGUGGAAGUCCUUGAAAGGGGAUGCGUUGGAGUUGGCUAAAACCCACGAAUUCGAGGAAGGCAAUUAUCACCUUAUCCUUGAAGCGCUGGACGAUGAAUAUGGAUUGGACUGGGUCACACAGAUGCGCUGCUACGACCGUUUGGUAAGGUUACCGCAUGUGCCGAAUCCACAAGCACGAGAGUUGAUGACAUUGUACAACACUGUGCAAGCAGUUUUCAACACCCUCAAGAACUGCAAUCAUGACCUUAGCCAAAACCCGAACCAAUCUAUUUUUGCCAUUUUGUUGAAAUUGCCUCCUUUGAUAAGAAAGGAGUGGCAGAUAUCCAUGAGAGAGGAAAUCUGUCCAAAGGAAGAAUUGCUUGCCAAAUUUCUGAAAUUCCUAUGCAAACAUGCCAUGGCUAUGGGAGAUGUGCGUAAUCAGGACCUGAUCAGGGGAAAGGAUCGCUCUAAGCCAACCGCAUCAGGUGAAAGCAACAAGAAGAAAGACAAGGCCAAGGUGCAAGAAGUGGCAGAG